AUGUCUCCAGAACUGUAUUUGGUAAAAAGGUUCAUAGCCAAGAACAUUACGAAGCUGCAGCGCCUGGGGAUAACCCAUGUUCUGAAUGCAGCGGAGGGGAAGUCAUUCAUGCAUGUGAACACUAAUGCAGAGUUCUAUGAAGGCACAGGCAUCAGAUACCACGGCAUUAAAGCUAACGAUACUCAAGAAUUUAACCUCAGUCGCUAUUUUGAGGAGGCAGCUGAUUUUAUUGAGAAAGCACUUUCCCAGAAGGAUGGACAAGUGUUUGUGCAUUGCCGUGAGGGCUACAGUCGUUCUCCUACACUGGUCAUCGCCUACCUCAUGCUUCGCCAGAAUAUGGAUGUCAAGUCUGCAUUGAGCACUGUCCGGCAGAAGCGAGAGAUUGGCCCCAAUGAUGGCUUUCUAAGGCAGCUUUGCCAGCUUAAUGAGCAAUUAGUGAAGGAGGGCAAGCUGAAGCCCUAGAGCAGAGCACUGUAGUAUUUUCUGAAGUUUCUCAAACCACCAGAGGAUGUCUUAGGUGCUUUAGGUUCCCAAACCCCAACCACCAAGCUAAAUUGCGUAAUGUGAGGGAGACAGAAUUUGCGGUCUUGUCUAGUGAAAGUAUCUUUCUUGAACACUGGGUCUGUCUUUCAGGAUGGCACAAAAUUGUGUCACUGUUUGGAGCUGUUGCAAUAAAGAAGUGGUUUUAGACGGGUAACUCCAGUGAUAACAGCUGUCUUCACAUGUAUUUCAUGUGCUGCAGACUCUGUAGCAGAUGUGGUUUGCAUUGACAUUGAGUAUGAUUCAUUUAAGCCUUGUCUGGUGUCCCACCAGAACACCAUUUUCUGUGAGCCCCAACACAUCUCUUCACUCACUCUUAAUUGAAGUACUGUAUUUUCUAAAGGUUCUUUUUCAUGCACACAGGUGCCUAAAGUUUGAGUGUAGGAGCUUCAAGGAAUGGAGAAGCAAAUAUACAAAUGCGCAGAUGCACUCACUGGUAAAAUGAAGGGUAUGCAGUGUUGUGUUUAGUGUGGAUUUAUGCAAUACACAGUGCUUGGUAGUAAAGCCAUUCAGAGCCCAAUCUCGAUGCACACUGUAUUUCCAAGAAUAUUUGUACCUCUUGCUGUUGUGAUUGACAUGGAAUAGUCUGAUAUUAAAUGCUCUUUUAUUUUUGUUUUGAA